AGCUGUGAUGGCUCCAUAUCCGGUACGGUAACAUUGCGGAAAGCCACGCCCCAUCCAACUUUGCAAGAUGAACGUCGGUGGCUUUCCUCCCAAGCCGCAGGUGCAAGGCGGCUUCUUGGCUUCGUUCAGACAGAAAUCCUUCUGGGCGCUAUGGGCCCCGCACAUGGCAGUCUUCCUCUUUCUGCUGCUGUUUUACACCUUUGAGUUCAUGCAGCUGCCCAGCAUUUGCAUCCUUCUCUCCUUCUCCUUCCUGAUGAUUGCGGGGAUGCUCUUCGUCUUCAAACACGAAGUUCGGACUUUCCUUCCGGCUGCGAUGCUUCUGCCCGUGGCGGUUGCUGCGGGCUCCAUUGGUGGCCUCUACACCUACGAUGUGUAUGCUAUCUAUCCCCAUUUCUACAGCAACGCCAGGCUGUACACAGAUGUGCAGCCUUCCCUUCCCAGUGGCUCAGUUGGAGAUGCCGGGAAGCUCAUUUUUACCCCAUCUUCCUUUGUGGACAUCAAUCAAUCCGCCGCCUAUGUCACAGAGUACCACUGGGGCCGCUCCAAGCCGUCCCGUGGUUCCAUCUUUUGCGCAGCUCCAGUUCGGGAUCUUCAUGACAUCCGCCAGAUGCAGUACUGGGCCGUGGGCGUCAGCUGCUGCUCACAAGGCGACUUCUGGUGCGAUGACGCCAAAGACAGCAAGGCGCAGGGUGGUAUCGUCAUCUUCGACAAUGAGGGCUUCUUCUCUGGGAGCAGCUUUGACGAGUACCAAAAGGCAGCAAAGAAGGCUGAAGCAACGCAUCACCUCCUCUCCGUGCAUCAUCCAAUGUACAUUCGGUGGGCGCACAAAGACAACCUGGACAAAGUGGCCAACGAAUACAACAUGAAGGC